AUGACGACGGUGAACCCCGAGAUCAUCGAUACGCCCCAAGCCAUCGUUAAGCUCGUAGACCAGCUAAUCUCUAUCCACGAAGCCCGAAAUGAGUCGCUUGACCCGCCCAUCAUGCACAUCUCCCUCGAAGGCGUGAAUCUUUGUCGCAACGGCUCUGUCUCCAUCCUCACCCUCUUGCUCCACGAAAGUCCUUCGUCGCAGCAAAUCUACAUCAUCGACGUCCACACGCUCGGCGCACAGACUUUCAGUACUGCAGGCGCAGACGGAAAGACGCUGAAGCAUAUACUCCAGGAUGAAAAGACCCCCAAGGUAUUCUUCGACGUGCGCAUUGCCUCCGCCGCGCUGUUCGCGCAUUACGGCAUCGCCCUAGAAGGAGUGCAGGAUGUACAACUCAUGGAUAGUGCGGCGAUAGAGACGACAGAAUCGAGGGAAUAUCUUAGCUGGCUGGCUGCGUGCGUGAAAUACAACAGCAUAAUCUCGUACUACCAUUAUACGACAUGGUCGAGGGACAGAGAGGCGGGCGAGCAGCUGUUCAGAUCUGAACUCGGCGGAUCGCCCGACGUCUUCAACAAGCGGCCCCUUCCCGACGACAUCAUCAAGUACUGUGUCGGUAAUGUCGCAUGCCUUCCGGCGUUACGCAACAACCUUUGGGGUGGGCGGAGGCAGGAUUGGCGUGAUCUGGUGCAAGAUGAAACGGAUAGGCGUGUUGCGUAUUCUCAUGCGGCCGAUUAUCAACCUGGUGGGACAGAUUGGGUGUUGGCGCCGUGGACCGACGAUCAGAACAUGGUGCUUGACAUGUUCAACCUCCCAAGUGAUUUUGAAGAUGAUUUCUUCGACUGUCUCGAGAACGAUGAGGUUGAGGAUGACGUAGAGAGGACGACGUAG